GACCCAACACGGGCUCGAGCUCGUAACCAAGCAGGGGCUGCUGCUGCACUGCCCGGGCGGUCCGCCGGCCGAGCACGGCGGCGCCUGGGCGUGCGAGGCCUCUCCGGCGCGGCCCCUGCCGGUCCCCAGCGGGGCGGAGGCGAUCGCGGCCGCGGUGACG